ACGAGAUACUAUGGGCAAAUCUGAUAAGUUAUACGUGACACAGAGCGAAUGGAGUGGGGUGAAAGGUCAGCAUCUCAGUUCUAAAGGUGCACACAAUUAUUUGCAGCACGCAGAAGCCGGUUUUAAAGCUUUACCAUUCGAUUGUUGCGCUCUCAGUUUAGCGCCAUUUGAGAACCCUGUUGUAGCAAAAGAGACCGGUACCGUGUAUGAUCUCGUCAAUAUUCUCCCUUAUUUGAGAAAGUAUGGUACAAACCCAGCGUCUGGGAAUCCAUUAUCAACUAAGGACCUUAUCAAGUUGCAUUACCACAAGAAUGCUACCGGAGACUAUUACGAUCCGGUUACCUUCAAAACUUUUAACGAGCAUACCCAUAUCGUCGCGAUUGCUACCUCAGGAAAUGUAUUCUCCUAUGACGCAGUUGAGAAACUCAAUAUUAAGGCCAAAUUCUGGGAGGAUCUGCUCUCUGGCCAGCCCUUCAAGAAGACAGACAUCAUCACUCUCCAGGACCCACAUAAUCCUAGAAAUCAAAAUGAGCUUGAUUACAUACAGAACAAAAAAGCCGUCACCGAUAAAGAAGCCGAGCAGGUUUUGAAUGAUCCUCUUGGAAUGAUCAACAUGAAUGCCACUGGUGGUGCAAGUGCAGUACUCAAGAAGAUCUCAGAUAACCAAAACAAAGAUAAGGACAUGCAUGUAGGCCAAAACCUAGACAACAGUCAUCUCGUGAAAGCACCAACACAUUUUCCAAAAUCUACCGGUGAUACUUCGGAUGUAUCGCAAACAGGUUCCAAGGCAUAUAACGCCGCUAAGUAUAGUACUGGUCGCACAGCUGCAUCGUUCACUUCCACCAUUCUCGAUCCUCAAUCGAAGAAUGAAUCGGCAUUGAUCGAUGAGGAUGAGCUUAUGUUCCAAGAAGUUGAGAAACUUGCAGGUGCGCGCGGUAAAGACAAAGCCAAGGGUAAGGCUUAUGCUAGGAUAAUCACCAACUUUGGCCCUCUUAGUGUGGAACUGCACUGUGAGAAGGCUCCAAAGACAUGCUACAAUUGGUUAAUGCUGGCUCGUGGUGGAAAAUACAAUGGCGUAACCUUUCAUAGGAAUAUACCUGGUUUCAUGAUUCAAGGCGGCGAUCCAUCUGGAACUGGAAGAGGUGGUGAAUCCUUCUAUGGAAACCCAUUCGGUGAUGAGUAUGACCGCAAAAAUGCCUACAAGCAUGAUGCACGAGGCGUGCUUUCCAUGGCUAACGCUGGCCCUUCGUCUAAUACGUCACAAUUUUUCAUAACAUAUAGAGCUACACCUCAUCUGGAUGGAAAGCACACCGUGUUCGGUCAUUUGGUUGGCGGUGUGGAGACCCUUUCUCAGCUGGAAACUGUACAAGUUGAUAAAGCGACUAGUCGGCCAAUGCGGACUAUCAGAAUGGAGGAAAUUCAAAUCUUCACGGAUCCAUUUGAAGAAUAUAAAGACAAACUAGCCCAGCGAUUGAAGAAGGAAAGAGGUGAUUAUGCCCAAGAAGAGUACAGAGCACGUAUAAAAGCUGGAAAAGAGCAAAAUAGAACAACAUGGUUUGGUACCAACCUUGGUGAAAAGCAAACGCGAUCACAACCGAUCAAACAUGAUGACAACAUGAAAGAGCUACUAGGAGGCACUGGUGGUGGUGGCGUAGGAAAAUACCUAUCACUGAAACGACCUGCGAAUCCUGAUCCAGCACCUUCGAAGAAGAAGAAAGAGAGAAGUAACUUUAGCGAUUUUAGUACUUGGUAAAUUAUCAAAGCGUCGA